CAGAGAGAAGUGUGGGUUACAUGGCCGCUGGUGGCUGUAACAGUGAGAAGGUGUAACAAUUAGAGAUUUAGUGUCGAGUGCAGGGGUUUAGGAAGCAUGCUUUGACUGGGGAUUGUGUGACAUUAGUGAAGAAGGAGACACAAUAAAUGAGGUGAAGAUAUUGGAGUUAUAUUAGAGAGAGAGAAGUUUAAAAUCAAAAUACAUGCAUUAAAUUUUUGUUUUUUCAAGAUAUAGAAGAAAGAGAUCCGAUUACAAACUUCAGUGGACAGAUUUGAAAUGGAGAGGGAGCAUUCCAGAUAUUGAGUUUUGGUGGUAGUAGUAUCCUCAGUUCUCUGUGUUGUUCUUGCUUCUAUUUUUCCUAGAUUUCACAAAUGUAGUGAGUAGAAGGUGGCCACAGUGAUAUUUUCACCAGAGUUGAGUCUGGUGGUGGCAACUGGGAUAUAAUAUACAUUGUCAUCAUCUUGUUGAUGCCACUUCUUCAAAAAAAGGCAUGAAUACUAACUAGUUUAGCAAUGACUUCUGAUUGCAAACAUAAAAAUCACUUAAUUGCAGCAUUACUUGAUUUCAUAUGUUUCAUUCAAAGUUGUUAAAGUUGCAGGACCCCACUGGUGCACCGGGAAUAACUGGAAAGCUAAUUUUACCUUUUUCUUUAAAAAUGGAGUGAUUUGAUGUACUCAGUGUUGUUCUUUUAUCUAUCCGUUAUAUAUGUACUUUUCAGCCUGUUGGAAGUCGAAGAGAAUUAGAAAUGAUGGACUAUCAUGUUAGUCGGCAUCCAGAGUUCCGGUACAAGACAGAAUUUCAAAGCCAUGAACCUGAGUUUGAUUAUCUCAAGAGUCUGGAGAUAGAGGAGAAAAUAAACAAGAUUCGGUGGUGUCAAGCCGCUAAUGGUGCCCUUUUUGUUCUAUCCACUAAUGAUAAAACUAUUAAGUUUUGGAAGGUCCAAGAAAAGAAAAUCAAGAAAAUAUCAGUCAUGAAUGCUAGCCCUUCCAAAGUGGUAGUAAAUGGUGAUAUUGGGAGGUCGAGUGUUUCAUCAAAUCCGUUCCAAUAUCUUGAAAAUGAGAGCUGUCACAAUAAAUCUUACGAUAGGUUGGGCAACAAUAUCUCACAUCCUAUAGAGAGCAGAGCAGAGCUCCGCUUGCCUGUGGUUUCCAGUGCUGAGACUAGUAUUGUUGCAAGGUGUAGAAGAGUGUAUGCUCAUGCCCAUGACUACCAUAUAAAUUCCAUAUCAAAUAACAGUGAUGGUGAAACAUUUAUAUCAGCCGAUGAUCUGCGGAUAAAUCUUUGGAAUUUGGAAAUAAGCAGCCAGAGUUUCAAUAUUGUUGAUAUGAAGCCCUCAAAUAUGGAAGACCUUACAGAGGUGAUAACUUCAGCCGAGUUUCACCCGACACACUGUAAUAUGUUAGCUUAUAGUAGUUCAAAAGGAUCAAUACGUCUCAUAGAUUUACGGCAAUCGGCACUGUGUGAUUCACCUGCUAAAUUGUUCGAGGAACAUGAGGCACCUGGUUCGAGAUCUUUCUUUACCGAGAUCAUUGCUUCAAUUUCUGACAUUAAAUUUGCAAAGGAUGGAAGAUAUAUCCUUGGUCGCGAUUACAUGACUCUUAAGCUGUGGGAUGUAAAUAUGAAUUCUGGUCCAGUUGCUAGUUUCCAGGUUCACGAACAUCUAAGACCAAAGCUUUGUGAUUUGUACGAGAAUGAUUCCAUAUUUGAUAAAUUUGAGUGCUGCUUGAGUGGUGAUGGCUUGCGAGUAGCUACAGGAUCAUAUAGUAACCUUUUCCGCGUUUUUGGCUGUGCCGCUGGAAGUGUCGAAGCAACAACACUAGAAGCAAGUAAAAAUCCCAUGAGGCGGCAAUCCCAGACCCCUUCAAGACCCUCAAGAUCCCCUAGCAGUAGCAUUACUCUCUCUGGCAGGCGAGGUGCAGAAAGUCCCAUUGGAGAUGCAAAUGGGAACACAUUUGAUUUCAGCACAAAACUGCUCCAUCUCGCAUGGCAUCCAACCGAAAAUUCAAUUGCAUGUGCUGCUGCAAACAGCUUGUAUAUGUAUUAUGCGUGAGGUCAUUGUUUGGAUGCCCCACACGGUUGUUUCACCCAUUUGAUCAAGUGCCUCAUUGAUGCCAAGCUUGUGUGUUUCAGUUCAUGAAGUCAAUGUUACCCAUAGAAGCUUUCAAGAAAAGUGAUGGCUUUGCCAAAGUUGCCACUAGUACAGUAAAAUGUAGACCGCGCUAUAAAGAAGCAGCUUCUAGAUAAGAACAUGCUGGGAAGUAAGAAUGUUAACUUGUAUUUGGGUGGGGGUAGAUUUGCAACCAUUAUUAUUAUUUUUUUGUAGAUUAAAUUUAGUGUGUUUAUAUAUUAUCGGCAACAAUAGUUCCCACAAAUGUACUGUAGAAGAAACUUCUGCUAACUGCCCUGGUGUCCAGUUUAGUCAUAAUAUUUGUUUAUUUUUCAUGCUCUGGUGGUAGAUUGCUAGACAUUUGUAACUGUUUAUUAAAACACCUGUGCCCCUAUAGCAUAGUUUAUUAUAUUACUCCCUCUGUAUUCUGUAACAGAGAGUAAUUCAGAUAUGUUGUUUUCUUUGCCAGUAAAUUUGAUAUCUUAGU